AUGGUAUCAGGUAUCGAUUGGAAAAACGAAGAGCUAUUGGACAGUCACGCUGAAAGGUGGUCAACACUGUUCACAUGUUGGAAAGCAAUUCCACGAAGUAUCCGCGGAUCCUCGAUAGCGGUACUCCUCAAUAACGACUUAGAAAAGAUUAAGAGGUUCGCCCGUCACCUAAUCAAGGGAAAGGUUCAACUGAAUGGUGCUAUAGUGAACGAUGCAAUAGUAUUUUAUUUAAAAUAUCUAACCGCUGCGGAUGAAAGGCAUUCAUUGGAAAGCAUCAUUGACUGGAAGACGCUUCGUAAUUUGCAAAAAACGGAGGCUUCUUUAGAAGUCGUGUUACAGCUACUCUCGAUCGAGAAGAUUUUAGAGAUGCUCCAAUCUUGUGCACAGGACGAUGCACCGACUGAGGGUGAUCUUGUUUUAGUUGAAAAAAUGAUGUCGCCUGGCCUAAAGGAACGCUCUUACGAUAUGUUAGUGUAUUUGACAUCAAUAUUCGAGAAGGCCACACACUCUCCACUUUUGUUGAAGUGCGCUGCUGUUGCGCUUAAGGUAUUCGCACAAACCGAAAUUGAACGGGAUAUCGUUGUGCUGUGCCUGAGCUUGCUAUCAAUCUACGAUGUAACAGAAUCCAAUUUCCACGAACUCCGGGACAUGCAAUCUCUUCUGUAUAGUGCCAUUCACUACGCUCAUUCUGCCACUAACAAUGACCAAUGCGCUGUUUUUGCGCACUCCUUCGUAAAAAUGCUCAAAGCUGUGCAACAUUUCGCGCAUCACAAAUCUGGAACAGCAGACGAGAUUGAUGAGCUGAUUCACGGAGCAAACAGACUAUCACACACGCUGGCGUAUAGUCAUAAGUCGUACUACAACAGAGUGAUUGGCUCUAUUCUAUCUCACGUAGUCAGUCGGUACGAUAGCAUCCAAGUGGCCAUAUUCAAGCUCCACGCAAUCAAUGAUACACACAGUUCAUCUAUGAUGGCUACAAACCUUCCUCCGGCUGAACGACUCCAAUACAAGAGAAUAUUCAAAACACUGAAGGCUACAGUGAAGCCAAUAGUAUAG